AUGAAGCCUGGCCGUCUGAGUCCGAGCGUGAUGUAUUCUUCGAUUGCUCAGUAUGUUAGCGGGAAAGAAGAGCUAGCGUUCGAGUACGAACUGCAAUACAAUGGUGACAACGUGGAGGUGUGGAAACGGUACAUUGACUACCAUAAAAGCUCCGGAAACCACUCGGCUCUUUCAUGGGUCUACGAGCGCUGCUGCUAUCAGUUCCCGGACUCUAAAGAAAUGUGGACUGAGUACUUACAAUGGCGGUUGACGCUGCUAGAGGGGGUGAACCCAGUGGUAUAUGCCGAGGAAUUCGAUAAAUGCACACGCCUUUUUGAAAAGGCACUCUACCUAUGUCAUAGAGAAGUCCACUUGUGGGAAAUGUACUUGCAACACUGCCUGGUCCAAAAAAACCUGUCCUUGAUACGAAAAGUCCUCGACCAUAGCCUGCGAUGUGCCGCCCUCGAAAGUCAUCUGAGGCUCUGGUCACCUGUGAUAGCCUUCAUCGAGAGCCUUCUUUUUGAAAAAGAAGCCGAGAUUGACUACGAUGAUGAAUUAGACCUCAUAAUUCAGCAGUCAUUUCCCAAUCACCAAGACCCAGGCAAGGCCGAGCCCGUGCUUCCCGAUAUAUGGGCAUCUCGUUUACUUGGACGUUACAUGGAGAUAGCUGAGGAUCAAGAACAUGUUCUUUUCCUCUUGAGCCUCACUAAAGACUAUCCCACCAUCGUCAAAAUCUUCGGUGACCACAUAGUUGCCCAAAAUGCUUUUAAGCCAACUAAUCAUUCAUUGUUCUACUUCUAUAAAGGCUACCUUGAAGCCCUGGAGAAGACUGGUAGUCAACGCCAAUACCUCAAGGCAAUGGAGGUUUGUCUAGACAAUUUCCCCGAGCAAAGAUCCCACUUGGUGAUUACGCUAAGCAAAUACUACCUCAAGAAUAAAGAAUUUGCACAAGCAAGGUCAGUACUGCAAGAGUGUCUCAGCUCAACGAUGACGUCGGAAGCCUUCGGUGAAAUUUAUGACUUUCUGGUCAAAAUAUUGGAAUUGUACGUUUCGAACUGUAUUCAGGAAGCCCAAGAUGCCACAGAUCCAGACAAACGAUCAGCAUUGGACCCAGUUAUUACCUAUAACAUUGGCCUUCUCGAGUACUUGAUGGAGGCGCACUCUUCGUUAAUGAACGACCUAAAGCUUAGACAAAAUAUCAACAACGUUGCUACUUGGCUAGAAAGGGUUUCACUGUAUGCUUCGUCCUCGGAAAAACUUGAUGUGUAUACCGAAGCUAUUUUAAAGAUAGAUCCAGCACUUGUCUCUCAGUCUGGAGAUUUGGGGAAACUGUGGUGCGGUCUUGCCCAACUGUACUCCGACUCAAACGAAGUAGACUCCGCCAAAGAAACACUGGAUCGUGGAACGCGUGUCCCGUUCAAGUUUAUGCAAGACUUAGAAAUGAUUUGGCUAAAGUGGGCUGAGUUUGAACUCGAACAGAGCGGUCUGGCAGACGCAAUCACAAUUUUGGAGACGGCACUCACAAUACCUUCAUCACCAGAUCUGUUGAUAGAGAGAUAUCAUUCCGGAGAGGGCAAUAUUCCCGCAAAAGCCAUAAUAUUCACAUCGCCCCAACUUUGGUCUCUAUACUUGGACCUUUUAGAGGCAUCGUCUAACAUCGAGAAGGUCACUGGUGCAUAUGAACAGCUAAUUGUUUUAAAACUUGCCACGCCGCUGCAGUUCUUGAACUAUGUCAAAUUUCUACAAGCUCAAGAACGAUGGGAAGAUAGUUUUCGGGUUUACGAACGUGCCGUUUCUACAUUUCCGCCAGAAACCACCUUGGAUUUAUGGAGUUUCUACUUGAACGAUUCUCUUGUGAGCAAUAGACAAGUGGAAACUAUCCGUGAUCUUUUCGAAUCUUCGCUAAGGCUUGCUCGCGAGGGUGUGGACUGUUCGUCCUUCUUCAUCCAGUACAGUGAAUUUGAACAAAAGCAGGGCUUUUUCAAGAGAGCCGUUGACAUCUUGGCUCGUGGUUGUUCUGAGGUUGCUGACGAAAGUUCAAACCUUAAAUUAUGGGGCUUAUGCCUAGAGAGAUGCAAGACAUUACUUGGAUUAGAGAGUUCUCGACCAUUGUAUGAAAAAUGUAUUCGAAGCGUCCCCAAUUCCAAAGCCAUGAGCUUUAUCCUGGAAUUUGCCAAAAUGGAGGAAGUGAUACCAGACAUUGCAAGAGCUCGAACGGUUUUCAAAUUCGGUGCACAGUUGGUCCAUCCUGACGCAAAUCGGGGACUGUGGGACAGUUGGAAUGAUUUCGAGUUAAAGCAUGGAGACAAAGAGAGCUAUAAGGAAAUGUUGAGAACGAAACGACAGCUCAUGGACACGAUGAAGACUUCAACUGAAGAAAUCUCCAAACAAAAAGGAAAUAUUGAAUUCGUCUCAUCGAAGCAUAAUGGCAAGGGUGCUGGACAAGGAACUUCUAGUUUAGAACUUCCACAAUCAACCGACAAUCCUGAAGAGAUUUCUUUGGAUAUUUAG